GUGGGAAAGCCGCCCUGGCUUUCUUGUGUGGGCCUUGCGGUCUCCAGAGACACGUGGGAGGGGGACCGAGCGGGGAACAAAAGGCUGCCUCGGCGCCCCCGCAACGAGCUCCACCGCUCUGCGCGCCAGCCGGGGAUGCCGCCGACUCUCCGUCUAUGGUGGAUGCUGAGACAGCCCUUGAAGAAAGAAUAAACAUUAAAAGCAUAUGAUGGCAGAAAGUGACGUCUGGAUACAGAAAGCACAAUUAUUGCUGUAAGAUCUCUGAAAGGUGCAGUAGAAGCUCACCCGCAGUUAGAUUCCUGAGCGAGAGAUCCUUCCUCUUUUUUUUUUUUUUUUAAACCAGCUGCAUAAAGCCUAGUCCUGCCUUGGCAGUCCCUAUGGCCUGAGGUCUCCUAGUGCGUGUGACUCCUGUUGCCAGGAAUCCCAGGCUUUUCAUUGGCAGAGAAGCCCACUGAGUUGGCCCUAUUUAAAGUCCACCCCCACCACAUCCUCCAGCACACAGACAGUUGAGGCUGUUCCGUUUGGAAAGUGCAAGCUCCUGUUGCUCUGCUGGUCCUGUUUUUACUGGCAAUGGCUAGGAGUUGAUCUCUGAAAACAAAGUGCUACAGUCUCGGCUUCUGCUGCCGGCUCCUCCAUCAUCAUCGAUAGCUGCCCCCCACCACUAAAGAUGAGUUUAACUGCUUAGCCACCAAAGUGGUGGUGUUAGCAGCAGCAGCAGCAGCAAGCUCUUGAUGGAUUGUCCUGAGACUUUGCAAGGAGAAAGCAGGAAAGCCCACCUAAAGUCUCUUGCUGAUAAACUGGGGGUUGUUUUCUGAAGCUCUGAAGUUUUGAUUCCCCACCCCACCCCACCCAUUCAGUGCAUCAAAGAGGAAGCUGGAUGCCCUGCCCUGCUGCUCAAAACCAGUUGCCUGUGGAUUAUGGGUACAACUGCUAGCACGGCUCAGCAGACAGUGGCAACAGCAACGUUUGAGAAUAUUCACGGCAACGGAACCAUGGAGGAUCGUCAUUCCCUCAGCAUUCACUCCUUCCAGACUAUUGGCCUCCACAACAGCAAAGCCAAAUCUAUUAUUACCAAUAAGGUGGCACCUGUAGUCAUUACCUAUAAUUGCAAAGAAGAAUUUCAGAUUCAUGAUGAUCUACUGAAGGCUAGCUAUACUGUGGGGAGGAUUUCAGAAUCUACUCUGGAGCACUACCUUGUACAGGGGAAAUAUUUUAUGGUCCGUGAUGUGUACAGUAAGUUAGAUGUCUUGAACACUACUAGCAGCUGCGGUGCUCCGAACUUUCGACAGGCCAAAGGAGGGUAUUCAGUGUUUGGAAUGGGCCAGCCCAGUCUCAGUGGAUUCAAGCAGGUCCUGCAGAAACUCCAGAAUGAUGGUUAUAAGGAAUGUAUUGUCUUUUGUGUUCGUGAGGAGCCUGUCCUUUUUCUGCGUAUGGACAAUGACUUUGUGCCCUACACUCCCAGGGGAAAGGAGAACCUGCAUGAAAAUCUACACAGCCUGCAAAGAGGUGUCAAAGUAGAAAACCUGGAGCUUGCUAUUAGAAAAGAGAUACAUAACUUUGCCCAGCUGAGUGAGAACACAUAUUAUGUCUACAAUGAUAUCGAGCAUUUCAAAGAUGAGCCACAUUCAGUGAGGCUCCACUGUGAAGAAGACAUCCAUGUGACAGAGGAAGUAUACAAGAGGCCUGUCUUCCUGUUGCCGUCUUAUAGGUACCAUCGGCUGCCUUUGCCUGUGGAUGGAGCUCCUUUAGAAGCUCAGCUUGAUGCUUUCAUCCAUUUCCUCAGGGAAAGUCCAAACCUGCUCCUUCUCCAAGAUCCCAGCAGGCCGCCUCCUGCUCUGCUCUUCAGCUGCCAAACAGGAGUUGGAAGGACUAAUUUAGCCAUGGUCUUAGGCUCUCUGGUGCUUUAUCACCGCAAAGGUGGUCUGCAGAAACAAGACCUGCCACAGCUCACUAAAUGUUCACCAAGGGAUCAAUUUCGGCUUAUUCAAAACUUCACUGACAUUGUGCCAAAAGGCCAGCAAAUAGUCGAGGAGGUGGAUGCUGCCAUCUCUUGGUGUUCAGAAAUGCACGACAUGAAGGAAGCCAUCUAUGAGUAUAAGAAGAAAUUGGAAGGGAUUGGAGAAGAUUACCAGAUUCAGGGGAACAGCACCAAAGAGUAUUUUCUGCAAAGGAUAUUACAAAGCCUUGAGCACUAUUUCUACUUGAUUGCUUUCAACUACUACCUUCAUGAACAGUACCCCCUGGCCUUUGCUCUCGAUUUCAGCAGAUGGAUGUGCCGGCACCCGGAGCUGUACAGGCUUCAGGCAAACAUGAACCUAUCAGAGCUUACAGUCACAGGGGUCCAGAUAACAAAGGGGGCACGGGUACUGGUAGUAGAUGAACGGUUUUCUCCAGAUGUGCUCAGCACCGUAAAAGAGAUGAGCGUGGCCAACUUCCGGAGGGUCCCCAAGAUGCCCGUGUAUGGGAUGGCACAGCCCAGCAACAAGGCUAUUGGAAGUGUCUUGAAUUACUUGACUGAUGCAAAGAGGAAGUAUUCCCAUAUCUUAUGGGUUAAUCUCCGGGAAGAAGUGGUUUUGGAAGGGAAUGAGCAAACAUAUACUCUCCGGGAGGCUGGCAACCUGGAACAACAGAUAGCGGUCCCUGUAAUGUCUCCCGAACAACUAGAGAAACUGGAAUCUGUCUUGAAGAACGAUGUGCUGAAAUCCCAAAAAUGGAUUGAGGUUUAUCUAGAACAGGAGAAGCAGAUGAAAAUGUUCAAGACAUGCUUGACCAUGCAGGAGAUAUUUAAUCAGCACAAGAGUAGCUGUCAGGGAUUGGUAUACAAACGGAUCCCGGUUCCAGACUUUUGUGCUCCCAAAGAAACGGACUUUGAUCAGCUGCUGGAAGCAAUGAAGUGUGCUCUGGCUGAGGAUUCCCAUACAGCCUUUGUAUUCAAUUGUCACAGUGGCAGAGGAAGAACAACCACAGCCAUGGUUAUUGCAGUCCUCACACUGUGGCACUUCAAUGGAAUCCCUGAGAUAAUUGAGGAUGAAAUUGUGAGUGUGCCUGAUGCCAAGUACACCAAAGGGGAGUUUGAGGUGGUAAUGAAGGUGGUCCAGAUAUUGCCAGAAGGACACCGAAUGAAGAAGGAGGUGGACAUGGCAUUGGAUACUGUGAGUGAGACUAUGACACCGAUGCACUAUCAUCUGAGAGAAAUCAUCAUAUGCACCUACAGACAGGGGAAAGCCGCUAAGGAGGAGAAGGAGAUGCAGACACUGCAGCUGAGGAGCCUGCAGUACUUAGAACGCUACAUCUAUCUCAUCUUGUUCAACGCAUACCUGCAUUUGGGGAAAAAGGACUCCUGGCAGAGGCCGUUCAGCAUCUGGAUGCGUGAGGUGGCAGCCAAGGCUGGAAUCUAUGAGAUCCUGAACCACCUGGGGUUUGCUGAAUUUGAGAACCUAGAGGACAAGCUGCUCUCUCAGCUCCGCUACCGCUGGCAGGAGCAAAGCCGUAGCUCACUGCCAUUCCGGGGAGAGUUCAUUUAGGACCCACCAUUACUAAGGGCCAGCAGAACAGCAGUGUUUAUCCAGAUGCAGCUGAAUCACUCUGUCUUUCUUUUCACUUUUGUCCGUGGGUGUGUUUUUGUGUGUGUUUAAAAAAAAUAUCUAUCUAUCUAUCUAUAUAAAUAAUAUGGAGAAAUGUGCCUUAUGGAAGAAGUGUGAUUCCAAGAAGAAGAAGAAGAAGAAGAAGAAGAAGAAGAAGAAGAAGAAGAAGAAGAAGAAGAAGAAGAAGAAGAAGAAGAAGAAGAAGAAGAAGAGGUUGAACUGCCUUGAAGACAUUUUAUAGAGUUCUUUUAGACAAUAAAAAAUAAAGAACAUUAGGUGUCAUUGCACAUGCUGUGUACUUCCCUCAUCAGGUUCUUGAACAUUUUACAACACAGCUGCAAAUGGGUAUACAAACUUUUCCAAGACACUUCCAUGGACUCAGUGUGUUGCCCAGUGUAUAUUACUUCUGUAUUACAUAUGUGCAGGUACAGGAAAUACAUGCAUAGCACUGCUGUGUUUGGAACUAUUUGGCGAGCAGUUUAGGAUUGUUUUUUUGUCUCUUAGAGUUGAAUAUUUUCAUAUUUAUUAUACACUUAAAAUUGGAAUUGGGAGCCUGCCGUGUGGGAUCAUUGUUCUGAUCCCAGAAAGAAUCCUAUGCCAAUCUCUUCUCCCUCCCUCCCCCUCCCCAACACCAGCAGCAUGAUGGGGAAAGUCCUUGUAUCCAGUCCCUGGGUGUGUGUGGAGUGUAUGUGCAUGUGUAUACUCCUUAUCUUAUCCACCUCUAUGAAUGGAGCAGAAGGCUGUGCACUCCCUGCUGCAUCAGAAGUCCUCCCCUCUCCACCCAGGUGCUCUCUUUUAUACUUAAUGAACCAUCAGAACUCCCAGACGAUACACAGCUGGUUAUUGUGUUUUAUGAUAUGUUUUCUUCACAAAUAUACAGGUUGAGCAGGUUUUGAGCAAGCGGGCAGUAGAGACCCAAAGUAGCACCAGUUCUCAAAAGUAACAGUGGACCAGGAACCUCCUGGUCCACCAAGAUUCCAAACCUGUUCAAACAGCCAGGACUGAAUAUAUAAAGCUGGUUUGCAUAGAGUCAGACCAUUGGUCUACCUAGCCAGCUAUCUCAUGGAUUUGCUUUCCCCACAAGCCAAUUACCUUAGUAGUUCACCUGGCCCCUCUGUCCUAGGCAGUGAUAUAUGUAGAAUUUCCUGCUACAGACAAAUGCUAGACUAAAUAGGUCUAUUUUUUUUUUCUUUGCAGGGAAAGGGGGGAAACAUCUUCUCAGCUCUUUUCCUUCUGUUUCAUAAUUGUCAAUCCAAGUGCAAGUGAGGAUUGUGAAGGGUGGUAGUGGGAAUGGGACUUGUUGGCAGGACUCUUGAAAACAGUGUGAGGAUUGCAGGCUUGAACAUAUAUGAAGUUGCCUUAUACUUCAUCAGACCUAAGUAGUCUUUUCUGACUGGGAGCAGCACUCCAGAAUCCAUGGCAAGAAUCUUUCCCAAAAGUGCUACCUGAGCUCUUUCACUGAAGAUGGAGGGAACUGAACCUUGGCACGUGUGUAUGGCCAGAUGUGCUCUGUCACUGAAAUCAUGGUGGCUACCCCCACAGCCCCCACUGCAUUAUUUCAAUGGUGCUGGUGAGGAGGUCAUGUUUUGCAGAAAACGAAGGAUUCAGAAGUAAAAGAAUAUGUUCCCAAGUGUUAUGAACAAUCGAUCUUUUUACCAGUUGUUUUUUUUUUAAACCUGUUUUAGGGACGGGAUUGAAAGAUGCCCAGGAAAUCAAGAGCCUGAUCUGAGAAAAUGUAACAGAAGACAUAAAAGAUGAGCAAUAUGUACUACUAAUGGGAGAUCAGAAGCCAAAACGCAGGACCUAAAAAUCUUCUAUACAGCCAAGCACUUCUACAUGCACUCUGGUGCUCUUUAGCUCACCGAUUCUAAAUGCAGAUCUUCAUUGCACUGAAGACUGCACCAGAGGAGGAUGGGACAGGCGAGGGGAGUAUGAGAUUUGGAGUCCCAGAUGUUCAAGGUGUAAUGGUAAAUGGUAGGUUCAAGGGAUGUCCACUAUAACAUAAUGUAGGGGCUUCAAAGAACAUUAAAGAGAUUCCUUUCAAAAGGGCUCUGUUCCAUGAUACUCCACUGGACCAAGAAACAAAGAGUCUGUGCUUUAAAAAUUCAAAUUCUGUGCCCAAGCAAGCCAAAUUGUGCACCAAGUAAAACUAAAUCCUACAACUUAAGUGAAAAAAUCUGCAUCAUAUAUCUUCCUUUAUAUUUUUUUAUUCUGGCUUUGCUGAGGCAGAGCAAGGAGCUAUGCAGGACACUCAGCCCUACCUGGAACCCCUGGAGAUUUAUGUUCAACCACCUUUCCGGCUUGGAAGAUUUCAGCAGGGAUUGCCGAUAUACUUCCCAGCAUCCCUUUAUAGUCAUAUGGACUAGAAACUUCCUUUCUUUUCAAAAUAAAAGUGGAGAUUUCCACUUUUAUUUAAAAUAAAACAUAAAACCCAACUCUGUACCCUAUACAGGAGACCUUUCUUAUUCACUAGUUCAAUAACCGUGGUUUCAUGUAUCUGCAGAUGGGUCAUACUGACCCGGUUUCUUUAUCCGUAGUAUAAGAAUAGGCAAAUCUAAUCUAUUCAUGGUUCUGAGUGGCCAGAAAUGACUUCUGAUGUCAUUUCCAGCUGCCAUUUUAGAGUGAAGAGCCAUUUUGUGGCUCUUUAAAAAAAUUGGUGAAUAUUCACCCAAAAUUUGGCUGAUUUGGGGGUUUGGGGAAGCAUUGCCAGAAAGCUGGAGAGUGAGGUACUAUGCUUUCCUCCUCUCAUUUCUGACCCCCAUUUUGACUUUUUGUCUCCCCCCCCUUUUUUGUGUGUGUGAGGAACCUAACCCCUCAUAGGGGUAAGGUUUCUUUAUUCUCAGUUUCUGUCUGGAACCCCUGCAGAUAAAGAGGGCCUCCUAUACCUUUUCUCCAUGCACACAGACCUGCACUUAUCUCUCAUUCCCUCCCCGCCCCCCGCCCCCAGCUUUGGUCUACUCUUGCUUUUUAAUAGCUAUAUAAUGCCAACCGCCUUGGGAUUGUUUUAAUGAAAGGUUGUAUAUAAAUUUAACAAUAAAUAAAAUAAAAAUAAACAGCAUGCUAGAAAUUAGCACAGCAUAUCAGAAAAUAAGUAUAUCGGGAAUCUCCCCUUGUUUGGACUACCUCCCUGCAACAACUACAACCUCUGAAUACUGUCUGCCAAGUAUCUUGCUUCUGGGAAGGAAGCAGUGUAGUUCUUCUUUUUAUUCCCCUCCCUUCAAAUGCAAAACAUGUAAUGUAGACUUUUAUUGUUCCAGCAGGAAUUGUUUAGUGUUUGAAUAAUUUAUAGAUGAUGUCAUUAAAUAGUAGUACAAUAUGUAAGAGGCAAUUUCUCCUAGCUGUUUCUAAUGCAACCAUCUGAAAACAAAGAGUCAUUCUCAAAUAGACUUGUUAACUGUCAGAAAAUCUUUUUUAACUUGUGGAAUUAAAGGAAGUUGCUGUACCAGAUUUCUUAAGGAGA